GAAUCAUUGACAACAGAAUGAAGUCUCUAACAGGAUCAAAGUGAACGGCUUCUGUCCAGGACAUUCAGGACAGAAAUCCAGCAACAAGGAGUGGAAGGAAAUGAUGAUGGUUUUGCCACAUCUCUCAAUGACAUGCUAUUCGCAAAUAGGACAUCCUGUGUUCCAUGAGACAGAUGUUUCUUCAUCAUCGGUACAACAUGCUGAGGAGGGUACCUACCACACUACAUGGCUGCCGCAGCCGUCCUCCGCUAACCUACAGCCAAUACCACAGUGGUCGCCUUGCCCCAAUUACACCUCACAUGAUGCGGUAAACUCAUCUUAUGUGCAAGAUGUCUGCAUGCAACCUGCAUGUCCCAGCUACGCAAUGAUGGGACCCCCUUCACUGAUGUCUUACGGCUCGCAGCCACUGCUCAGCAACUUCGGAGUGAACUGCCAGUCGAGGGCCCCUACACCGGCUGGGAUUUCACAAAUGGAUCUGUUGGAUCAGCAGUCAGCACUCAGUCACUCAUCCUGGAGCCAAACGCUUUCAGCUUUACCACCAUCAGGUGUACCAUGUCAGACAAACUCCCUGCCAUCCCCGUUCAUGCCUCUGAACAUUUCCAUCCCUGAGCUAGGACUUCUGGAGUUGGAGGAUGCCAGGAGAACCAUUGCAAGCAUGGCCAUUGAGAAGCUGCUGCAGCAAGAUGAAGACAAUGACACAAUCCUACACAUCUACGCAGCAAAAGGUAUGAGGGAGCAUGCCUAUGCAGCCGCUGAGCGAAUGCGUGAGCUCAGAAGACUUGAUACAAAAGAACACAGAGGAAAGACACCCCUAUUGGUUGCCGUGGUAGCUAAUCAGCCUCUGAUUGUAAGAGAUCUGAUCCUACUUGGUGCUGAUCUGAAUGCUGUUGACGACAAAGGGUUAACCUUUCUCCACCUGGCUGCGACAUAUGGCCAUCUGAGCAUCAUUCAGAUGGUCAUAGCAGCAGGUACAUUGGUGGACUUGGAGGCCAGAGACUUUGAAGGACUCACUCCUUUGCACUGCGCAGUUAUUUCUCAUAACUCUGUUUUUCGGGAACUCUUUUAUGAUCAUGAUCUGACACCACAGAGGCAGAACGAGCUACAUUAUAAAGCUGAUCAACUUCAUUCCUGCAUCCGGUUACUGAUAGAAAUGGGAGCCUUAAUAACCAGCCAGGAUGUGAAGAGCAAUAAAACAGUGGUGCACUUUGCAGUUCAGGAGGGAAAUCUCUUGCUGCUGGACUACUUCCUGAAACUCAGUGGCACCAGGUCAUCUGAAUUUGUCAACAUGAAGGCUCAUGGUAACACAGCUUUGCACAUGGCAGCUGGUCUUCACAAUGAGAGAAAUCAGGAGAAAAUAAUUAAACUACUUCUACAGCACGGAGCAGACGGCAGCAUUCGAAACCUGGAGAACGACCAACCUAUUCAUUUGGUACAGCCAGGGGAGCGGGGAGAUCAGAUCAGGCAUCUCUUGAAGAAAGGACGAGUUGGCUCAGGGUCAAACCAACGAAGUGCAACAUCCUAGGAAUGUAGCUGAGCCUGGACUCAGACCAGUCCCACCCACAUCACUCCGCGGAAUGAAUGCAUUAGGAAUGUUUAAGCAUGCACUUAUCUGCAAAACUCAAGUCUUUCAUUCCUGGUGUAAUUUACCUUUGUAACAAACUACUUCCAGCAGACAUUUUCUUUCUCACUUAAUG